AUGGAUCUUAUUUCCCUUGUCAACUGGACAUUCGUCUACAUCCUGACUCCAGGUGUCGCUGUACUCGGCGUCCUUGGUAACAGCGUGAGUCUAGUGGUGCUGGCCACACAAGGCUUUAAGAAAAGCUCCAACAUCCUGCUCUUCGCUCUAGCACUGUCAGACCUCGCUUUCAUGCUCGGUGCCAACAGUGUGCUCAAGCUUCUGUACUUCUCAGGGCGCCAGGAGGGCUUUGUGUUCCCCGAGGGCGUCGCACGGGUGUGCUACUACCUGUAUCACGUGUUCGAUGUCCUGGACUGGGGCGGGGGCACCACGUCCAUGGGGCUGCCGACGUUGAUUACAGUAGAGCGGAUGAUAGCCGUGUUUUUCCCGCUCAAGUUUGCUCGUAUCGUGACGCCCAGACGAACCCUGGCUGCCGUCUGCCUGGUCUACGUCUUCUGCUUCGGCCUGCAGUUUUACGCACGGGCGUGGUUCCAGUUUGCCUACGUCCUUGACCCUAAGCUCAAUGUCAGCGUCGGGCUGGUCAAGCGGUCAGACCUGUUCUGGCAACAGCAGGCCGUGUCUGACGUCAUCGAGAAGAUGUACACGUCCACCGUCAUCCCCUUCUCGGUGGUGACCGCCGGCUGUCUCGCCAUCGGGGUCAAAGUCAAGGUCGCGUCCUUGGCGAGAAAAAACAUGACGCGGUUUUCCUCGACCUCAAGGGAUAGAGAAACGUCAAGACUCAAGUCGAAACCAAUGUCGAGGACGACGAAAACGCUGCUGUCCGUCUGCGUGUUUUACUCGGUCGCCUGUUUUUUCGUCUCCCUGCCCGCCAUCUUCCCCCAGAUCAAGGUUUUCCCCUUUUUUUCAGCGGACGCGCCCAACACGACAGCCGUGUUUGUUUACAAUGUGUUGCAGUUCGUGCUGUGUGUCAACGGCUCCGUCAACUUCGUCAUCUACGUCUUGACCAACACGAAGUUUAGGCGAACGUUUCUACAGCUGCUUCGUGUUCAAGAAAAGAGAAAGCGACAUAUCAGCCAGCUAUAA